AUGAGCACUGACACUAGACCAUUGCCGUUUGUUUACCAAUUCAUCUCCGGUGCCAUCGCCGGUGUCUCUGAAAUCGUCCUUAUGUAUCCGUUGGACGUUGUCAAGACCCGUAUCCAGUUGCUGGUUGGUACUGGUGCCAACGCCGAAUACACUGGGCUUGUCGACUGCUUCCAAAAGAUCAUCAGGCAAGAAGGUCCAUCCCGUUUGUACAGAGGUAUCUCCGCCCCAAUCUUGAUGGAAGCCCCUAAGAGAGCCACCAAGUUUGCUGCUAACGACGAAUGGGGGAAAUUCUACAGAAAGCAAUUCGGUGUUACCCAGAUGAACCAGUCUCUUGCAGUCUUGACUGGUGCCACUGCCGGUGCCACUGAAUCCUUCAUUGUGGUUCCAUUCGAGUUGGUGAAGAUCAGAUUGCAAGAUAAGGCUUCCAAGUACAAUGGUAUGAUCGAUGUCGUCAAGACCAUCGUUCGUACCGAAGGGCCAUUGGCCAUGUACAAUGGUCUCGAGGCUACGUUAUGGAGACACAUUUCCUGGAACGCUGGCUACUUUGGUAUUAUCUUCCAGGUCAAGUCUUUGUUACCAAAGUCUGAGACUGCCACUGGCAGAACUUUGAACGAUUUGCUCAGUGGUGCCAUUGGUGGUACCGUUGGUACCAUGGUUAACACCCCAUUCGACGUUGUCAAGUCUAGAAUCCAGAACACCGUCAAGGUUCCUGGUGUCACUCCAAAGUACAACUGGACCUUGCCUUCCUUGCAGUUGAUCUUGAAGGAAGAAGGCGCUGCUGCGUUGUACAAGGGGUUCUUGCCAAAGGUCUUGAGAUUGGGUCCAGGUGGUGGUGUAUUGUUGGUGGUUUUCACCACCUGCAUGGACUUUUUCAGAGGUGUCCACUACGGGAAAUAA